AGAAGGAUGGAGAGCGCGGGCGAGCGCUCCAUGACGGGGCGCGCCAUGAUCCCCACCAUCCCGUCCAUCAUGUUCAUCUUCGGGGUGGCGGGCAACGUCAUCGCCAUCGCGGUGCUGUGCAAGUCCCGCAAGGAGCAGAAGGAGAGCACCUUCUACACGCUGGUGUGCGGCCUGGCCGUCACCGACCUCCUGGGCACGCUGCUGGCCAGCCCGGUCACCAUCGCCACCUACGUGAAGGGCGCCUGGCCCGGCGGGGAGCCCCUUUGUCAGUACUUCGGCUUCACGCUGAUCUUCUUCUCGCUGGCCGGCCUCAGCAUCAUCUGCGCCAUGUCCGUGGAGAGAUACAUGGCCAUCAACCACGCGUACUUCUACAACGACUACGUGGACCAGAAGCUGGCCGGCUUGAGCCUCGCGGCCAUCUACGCGUCCAACGCGCUCUUCUGCGCGCUGCCCGCGCUCGGCUUCGGCCGCGUCCGCAAGCAGUACCCGCAGACCUGGUGCUUCCUGGAGUGGCGGAGCAACGAGACGAGCGACGCGGCGUUCAACUUCAUGUACGCCGGCUUCAGCUCGGUGCUCAUCCUGGCCACGGUGCUGUGCAACGUGCUGGUGUGCGGGGCUCUCAUCCGCAUGCACCGCCUCUACGUGCGCAGGACGUCGCUGGGCACCGAGCUCGGCCGCGGCAACGUGGGCCGAAGUUUCGGGCGUCUGGCCGCCGCCGAGAUCCAGAUGGUCAUCCUGCUCAUCGGCACCUCGGCAGUGGUGCUCAUCUGCUCCAUUCCGCUUGUUGCUCAGGUGUUUCUGAACCAGCUCUAUAAGACUCCAGUAGAACUGCGCUUGGACAAAAACCCCGACCUGACGGCGAUUCGCUUCGCCUCCUUCAACCCCAUUCUGGACCCGUGGAUCUACAUCCUGCUGCGCAAGGCUGUCAUCCGCCAGCUAGUGGAGAACAUCAAGUGCCUCUUCUGCAAGACCGGCGCCAAAAACCAGAAGAAGAGCAACAGCGGCAGCUUGCGCUGCACGGACGCCGCGCCGCAUCCACUUUCCUCGGUCGUCUCCAAGCAAGACUCGCGUUCACACGUGUCUCACGACGGUCCAGACAUCAGCUCCGAGACUUUCUUGUACCUCCCCCAGGGACGCGAGGAACACGGCGAGAGCUCCUGUCACAAUCACAAACCAGAAGGUCUUUCGUGGGCGUCGUCGUGCGAGCAGGGCAAUGUGGACCCAAGGACAGAAGGGGGCCACGCGCCGAGGGAACCACUUGCUUCCCCGGCUAAGGACCCCGGGCUACAGAUGUCACUCAGCGCUGUAACCACGGAGGAAAAAUGCAUCUGAACUCGGAUUGACUUCAGCGGGUGUUCAAAAUGUGGAAGGAAGAACUGAGUCAUAUCUCACCGGCAAUCGCUCGAGAAAAAUAAUUCAAACAAUGAAGACUUUAGCUCCGUUACCUCGCAGCGAGGUAAAUCCAAGUAAAUCUGCAUUGUGUCCUAGAAAUGGCUCAAGUGACUCCAAAAGACUGCUGUCACAUGGGCGACAAACUGAAUUUUGGUUCUGGUGAAGGAUAACGCGGUCAAACCAAUUUCGAUUCUGGAGCGGCGCGGUCGCUUCCAUCACGUCUCGGUGGAAAAAACGUAAAAUAAUCAUUUGUUAGCUAGCAGCUAAUUGCUGGUUCAGAUAUUAGCUUUUGAAGUAAAGGAAUCUGCCAUUUGAAAUCUGGCUCGGGGGGACAGUUUCUUUGCGAUGUACGUGACAAAAUGACAAAGUCAUUUCCUCUGACCAAAAAUCAUGGAGCUGUGCAGUUGCGUCUGUAUGUUAGCUAGCUGCUACUUCAUCAGGAUUUGUGACGAGAACGGCUUUUUGACACAACUACCAGUAGAAUUCUUACAAAGGAAGAGAAGAGUUCCUUUGUGACAAAAAUUAGCCCCAAAAAUAUUGUUGUCCUCUAAUAAAAAUCUCGAAGGGCGGUUAAUCCAUCCCUCCUGGCAAAUCCACGUGGGCACUGACCAAUAGUUUGGAUUCCUGAAAAAAAAAUUCUCCAAUUUGGACUGUAGGCGGUUUUGGCCCGAUGGCGGCGGCUGCGCUUCUGGGAACUCCGUCAUAAAUGGAGGACCCCUCUGUGUGCAUGAUGCUAUGCUGUGUGUA